UUAACAGCUGUAGCUGUACACGCACGUAUCUUUUGGCGACAGCGACGAAGCUACAUCUGCUGAACGGCGAGAAGCAGGUCACUAGGAUGGGUGGUAAAUGGAUUACGCGGUACGCCAACAUAAAUAAGUUAUAUGAAGAUGUGGAUCUUGCAGAAAUCGCAGAGGAACACAAGAGCAAGACUGGCGGGGAGCCGGUAAUUGUGGUGGACGGAAAUGGAGUUGUGUGGUACUUGUAUCGAAACUGUGACUUCCAUUGUGGUGGGCAGUACAAGGAAUUCAGGGAGGCUUGUAGGAACCUAACGCAGAAAUUCAGGAGCUCCGGCGUCCGGCUCGUAUUCUUCUUCGAUGGGCUAACAUCUGCUGAGAAGAAUGGGAAAUUGGUGGAGGGGUCUAGAGAAGGAGUGAAAAAAAGUAAUAAGAGAUUAGGAAAAGAGCAUGCUAGUAAUUCCACAGCGAAAGUGCCUAAACAACUACCCGAAGGGCUAAUACCGUGUGCCCGGGUGAUUUUCAAGUGUGAACCAUCAUGUGAGGUGCGCCUCUGUGUGGAAGAUUAUCAUCAGGAGAUCGCUCAGUUCGCAGCAAGCCACAGAAAUUGCCUUGGAAUAUUGUCCAACACUGGAAAUUUCCUGAUAUACAAAGAUGUACCAAGCAUGUUCUUAUUACACAGUAAAGAUAAACAGGGAGACAGAGGGGUGAGGACGAUGCGUUACUGUUCUUCUGACAUCGCCUCACAUCUUGGCAUCCAGCAACACCACCUGCCUGCAGUUCAGACAUUCUUAGCAAGUGAUACCAUCAACAGGGACGAGAUGCGGAACGCACAUCGAAGAAUUGGUGAACUUUAUGGGCGAAAAGAACUUCUAGAAAGCGCUGUAGCUGAGCUGGUCAAGAAUAAUACGUUGGAGGAAAUGUGUCACAUAGCAUUCGGUGACAGGUGGCGAGUAAACGUGGACAGAGUGAAAGCAGAAAUUGACCAUUACAGUUACAAGCGAAGGACAUCUGAAAGGACUCCACAAAGCUCCAGCUGGUCUAAUGUUCUCCAGCAUAUUACAGACAAACACUCAACUGGCGAGAUACCAGCAGUAUUGCUGUCAGUUGCCAAGUGCCGUGCACUGCAGGUAGGUGCUGCACUGGAAGACUUGUCAAAUGCAAAGAGUGGUAUCACUUCGCUAGGAGAACAGCUUCAACGUUUGAGAAGCAGGAUAUACACUGUGCUGCUGUGGGAAAGUGGAGACGGUCCAUUCCAGGUGGAGGAGAAGGUGACCAGAAAGACUGAGGUGCAACGGACGCAAGUUGUGGUCCAGAAGCAGCUGCCACCCAGUGUGGUACACCCGGGCCUGCUGAAACUGUGGUCUGGAGAUCUGGAAACCCGCUGGCGGCUCUUCAGCUGGAUAGUGGGGUUCCCACAGCCGUCCGCCCUGAGGUCCCUGGAGCCCCAGUGCCUAGUAGUCCCAGCCACCGCACUGCACUUCCUUCGGCACGAGACCUGCCUUCUGAGUCGCCAUGAGGCUGAGAUCUUCGCUGUGGUCGCCGUCACUGUGAGCGGCCUCACACCUCAACAGCUGGCCCAGAAAAGCAUCCCAACGCUAGACCCACACGCCAUCUUCCUAGCGACACUCUUCAUCCGCACUGCCCUGCACGUGUUGGAUGCGGCCGCUGUCUGUGGCUUGUCCUUCCCACAGGAGGCAGACUGCCACUUGGAUGCCUACUUUGAUGGUAAGUUGUUCCAUGAGCUCUACCUCAGUGCUAAGGCCCAAUCGUUCCGAAGAGUUGGGACCCACGCUUCCUGGAACCCAUCACAUCUCAACCCAAUCCACAAGCUGCUGAAUAUAAUAGAACAAGCUAACUAAUGUACACUGAGUGGACAAUCAUUGUGUGAGAUACUACUGGCCAUUUCUGGGUCCCUGAGAGGCUGAGAUCUUUGCUGAGGUCGCCGUAACAGUGAGCAAGUUCACACCAGGGCAUCUGGCCCAAAAAGAAUUUCCCAAGCCUGACCCUCAUCAAAUCUUCCUAGCGAAGCACCAUCUUGCACGUGCUGGAUGGUGCCACAGUCUACGGGAGGUUGACUGUCAGUUGGAUGCCUGCUGUGAUGGAAAGUUCUUCCACGAGCUCUACCUCAAGAUUAACGGCCACUCUGUCCCAAGAGCGUGGAUCCCACCUCCCAGGGAUCCCUUGUAUGCAAACACCAUCUAUAAGUUGCUGAGCAUUGUCGAAGGAACCCAUGCUGGUCAUCAAUGAAUGGACAAUCAGCAUGUAACACAUGUGGUAUGCACCCCUGCAUGUUACUAAUAGCCUGUUAACACUGUACUUUGAAGAUGUGUUUGUCUUGUGUUGAGCACCAAGCACACUGAAAUGGCCAUUUUUAAGCUUGAUGUCCUGUAAUAUAUGUUCAUAGAUAACCUCAAUCACUUGAAAAUGUUGUAAAAGGCGGAAACCUGGGUCCUAAUUCAAUAAGACACAAUACAGUCAAUCAUGGUCUGUGACCAGGUAAACCUGAUAUACAUUCAGGUGACUUAUGACAGCAUGCUAUGAAGUGUUCCACAAUAAAAUGUACAUCGAAUAUAUUGAAGAUGGGUUAUUCUUUUUUACUGCCACAUCAUGUAGAGUGCAUUUACAUUUUUUAAAAUAUUUGCAAGUUAUUUCCUAUGUAAUGUAGUGUGAUAUUAACUUGUUUUUUAAUUAUUAAUUUGUAUGUGCAACUGAUACUGAAUUUUGCUUGAGAAACAAUUUAAACGAUCAGAAAUGCUGAAAAAAGAAAAACACGUUGAAACAGUGGUAUAAGAAUUACUUGUGCAGACUAUCAUGAAAAACCUACUAGCUUCUAAUACUGGGAUCUCACAAUUGAUCCUCUCCUCUCUUGUCACUCUUUUCAUUCCAUUUUUCCUACUUCUUUUUUUCUUUCCCCACACAGAACGUUUUUGCUUCCAUAACGUGACACAACCGUAAAACCAUUCCAACAGAAUAUUUCUCAUAGCAUUAGUAGCUGUUUCUUCUUCACAAUGUGCUCCAGGUCAAAUUCUUUCACCACUGUUACACUGGGUGGCUUCUGGAUAUUCUAGUUCCUAAAUUCGGUUCCUCAUGGCGUACAGAAAGAUCUUCUGUACGUCUGUUACGUAGUAUGUGAUCGUAAGUCUCAUUAUCAUGCGAAAUUCCAUGCUAAAUAUAUCCUAUAGUAGAAGCCAUGAUGAUAUGUAUACACUGUUUGUCACAAUUUUAGCUCUUCCUCCUCGUGUGAAACUCUACAUAUGUCUUUGUAAACGCCAGCAUCAUAAAUUCAUGUCGUCUGGGUAUGUAGACUGCUGUGGUGGGUCA